AUGGAAUCGACCACUGCAACCGACGAAGCGAGCAGCACCAUAUUCGACCCAGACCGUCCAUCCUGUCAAGGCUGUCGGCGACGGAAGCUGAAAUGCUCCAGAGAGACACCAACGUGCUCACAGUGUCAUCGACUUGGCUCCCCCUGUCUCUAUGAUGUUAAGAAGAACAAGCCAGGUUUGAAGACAGGAGCAGUUGAGGGCUUGAGCCGUCGAAUUGAGGUGCUUGAAGAUGCCUUGCGAGAGGUCCAGGCGAGAGACAGCGGCCCCAUCGAGAAUUCAUACCAAACAUUUAGCCCCGAAAAUGGGCGUCUUGAUGGAGUAGUCAGUCUUCUCUCCACGGUGUGCAUGGAACUAUGCAAGUUUAACAGUCGCAACACCCGAAUGGCCAACGAGUCGUCGCCAAGCAGUAGUCAUCAUGAAUUGCCGACUUGCAACCGUGACGCCUCAUACGACUCGCUCAUCUCGCAACGGGCACGGAAGCGAAGAAGAGUCGAUACGUGUGGCAACCCAAAUAUCGCAAUCCAACUACCACUCGACAAUCUUGACGCUUCUUCCAGCCUUCCCGAGUCAAGUUUGCUUGAGGAUAUUGUGAAUACAUACUUCGAAAGGAUGCAUCCAUGGAUUCCUAUAAUCCACGAGACCAGGUUUCGGCGCCGCAUGCAUGAUCCAGAUCAGAGAUCGUCAUUGGUCGUCAUCCUUCAUGCCAUUGUGGUUGCAGCUAUUCGAUUCGAGUGCCCGGGCAACUUUGAAAUUUCCGUCACGGAGAUAGAUUCCAUUGUCAAGAGGUCGAGGAGCAUUGUUGUUCUCACGGCAAUGGAUAAUCUCUCGGUCGAGAAUCUCCAGGCUUUGAUUAUCAUUGCCUUUGAUGAUAUUGGAAAUGGAAACACAUCCAGAGCCUGGUCAAUUGUCGGCUCCUUGACGAGAACAGUGGAAUACCUCAGACUGAGUGUCGAGGAUGAAGACCAUGGCACCCAGCGGCUACUCAAGCCCUUGCUAUCUCUAGCCCCCUCUCGUCAAUGGGUGGAAGAAGAGGAAAGGAGGCGAGUAUUUUGGAAUAUAUUCAACUUGGAUCGGUUUUGUUCAGUUGCAACGGGCUGGAACACAAGUCUCACAGCGGAUGACGUACACCGACGACUCCCUGCGGAUGGAGGCUUCUGGCACCGAGAGGAGCAGGUAACGACGCCAUUUUUCGGAAUUUGGGAUCGAUCCGAAGCGCGCAUCGGAAAUUCAAUCGCUUUCCUUCCGGCUCAGUACUCAACUGCUCCUAAAAGCCCCGAGUCUGCAACGGAUUCUCCAGUUCAAUAUGGUUCCCCACACUCCGCGUCCCCGAGCGCAACGCAACCAGACAUGUCCACAGUGGGUGCAUUUGCAUAUUGCGUCGAAGCAACAGAGUCCCUUAGUAGGGUUACCACGUUCUUUCUGCAACAAAAAAUUAAUUUUCAUGAUCGACGCGAAGUUAGUGGUUGGCUUACCCGAUUCAAAGAGCUGGAUCUUCGUCUUGUACACUGGAAAAUGUUUCUUCCUCAGAAGUGGAGGGACUCGAAUAUUUCGCGACAACCAUCCUUGGUCCACAUGGAUCCAAAUCUCACACUCGCGCAUCUCACGCACAAUACAUCGAUGAUCCUCCUACAUCAACGAAUAGCGUAUCCACCCGCAGAAUGGGCAAAUAUCGUUCGACUUCCGAGUGUCUGCAGCGCUGAGACUUGUCAGAAUGCCGCGAUCGAGAUUCAAAACAUGACUGCGAAGUAUUUGGACAAUACACCUACCAGUCAUCCUGUUUCCAACCAAUUCGUCUUUUGCGUUUUUGUCGCUGCUCGUGUUCUGCUUGUCAACUGGCGCUAUUACAACUCCGCCUUGCCCCAAGAAUUAUGGCAUCUCGUUAAUAGUCUUGACGAGAUCGCUCGUCGGUGGCUCGGAUCUACCUCAAAAGAUACACAUCUCAGCCGUUGUCUGGCUAGCACUUACGCGAAUCAUCUUCGGGACCUCCAUCGACGAUGUAUUGCGAACCCCCAUUUCAACGUGGACGUGUUGGGGUACUCAACCGUUGUUCCGAACCAUCAUGCUUCUUCAACUACCGGGUCUGUGACGUCUGCCUGCUCGCCUACGGCCCAGCAACGGCAACAGCAUACGGUCCAUGUACCUACAACCGCAUCAAUUCAGAACCAACCCUCAAAUUUAAGCCCAGAUAUCUCUCAAGUCGGGUCGCAAUGGUGUGCUCUCAACAGUGUCGCGGCUACUCAACAUCCACAACUCAGCGAGCCCCUUGGGAACUACCAGGUAAACGGCCAUAAUACAACUGACGAGCUAUCUAAUAUCUCUUAUCUGCUUCUUGAUCAGCGCUUCAUGGAUAUGGAUCGUGUCAUCAGUUUGGAGGAUAUGAUGUUCACGAAUACCAUGGCGUCAAUGAGUGCGGAUACAGCUGUCCAUCUACAGGAUGGAAGCAACUAG